AUGAGUGGCCAGAAGAACGGCCAAAAUCGAGGACGCAAUCCUCCCAGCAACCUAGAUGGAUGCAACACAUUGUCCAGCCCUCAAUAUAUGGGCCCUUAUCUAGUAACCAACACUCUCGAGGGGAACCUUCAACUCGGAUCGCCGAGUGUUCUCAACCCAAAGGAACACAACACCCAAGCGCAUCCUCGAAAUAUUGCCAGUCGCCCAACGUCCAACAUACAGAAGGGGAAACUUGGAAAGGGGCGACCCCAGGUCGAUGGCACUCGCCCAGUGGCUUCCCGCCCCGAGGUGACCUCCCCCAAGCCACAACUCGAGCAUCACGAAGUCUUUGACCCAAAGGGAUUGCAACCCUUAGUGUACCCCCAAAAAAUCCGCACUCCGGAGCCAAGCCCUACUGCCCUUCGUCUGGCUGGCUAUUUACUACGGGCAGUCAACCAAGAAAGACCUGCCCUCUCCCGUCGUUCCUCGACCGGCGAGCUCCCAGUCCGCGACAAGCUGGCCAACAAGUUUGUCAUGAGUAUCCCCAAGCAGAGGUUCGGUAUCGGCGGGAGAAGAGACUCCACCGCGAGUGUUCCUCCUGGGAUGACAGCAGAAAGCUGCAACGACCCUUACCGCACGGCCAUCAGGGAGCGGUUAGCAGCAGGCGAGCCCAGAGUCCCGCCACGAAGCGAGUUCGCAAAAGAUAGCAAAAACUAUCACGCUGCCGGUAAAGUGUCUGCAAGCAUGUCAACUUUGCAUGAGAGCGAGGAGCUUGAUCUGAUGAAGCAGGCGACGGCCCUCAUAGCCUGGAAGGCCUACAAAAACUUGAAAGAUACCAUAAGCGUCGGUCAGAGAUGCGGGAGUGCUGGAUUGGAUACGAUGAAUAUGUUUCUUUCCUCGGGCAUGGCAAAGCAAUUGAGGAUACUAAGAAAGCCGCAGCCAAAUUCUUCAGAGCAGCACUACGAGUCACAGGAUUGA